CACUUAUCCAUCUGGGCCCAGUUGUUCAAAAGUGUCGUUAAAUUUAACGAUGAUUAAGCCUAACGAGUCGUUAAAUCUUAACGCAGUCGCUAACUAAUCAAUGCGUUAAAUAUUGUUGUUCAAAAAAUGUUAACGACAAUGUUACUUAACGCAGUGUUAAAAUUUAACGAUGUGAUUAAAAAAAAAAUUCCCACAAUUCUUAGAAAAAUUAAACUUCCUGUAUUAUUCAACAUGGCCGAAAAUAUGUCUGUAAAAAGUACAAGGGAGAGGAAAUUAAAUUUCACUGCUACUGAGAGCAACCUAAUAAGUGAGCUGGCUACAACCCACCUAGACCUCCUGCAGGGGAAGCAUUCCCCAGAAGUAACCAAUGCCAAAAAGCAGGAAAUGUGGCUAGACAUCACCAGCAAGGUUAAUUCCUUGGGGGUCUGCCUCAGGACAGAGACAGAGGUCAGGAACAGGUGGAGAAACCUUACCCGUGGGGCAAAACAGAAGUUUACUAAAGUGCAGAGGGAAAGGUCACAAACUGGUGGUGGUCCUCCUCCUACCCAGCCUUCCCAGGCAGAGGAUAACAUCAUAAACUGCAUGAUGGACACUGCCUCUUUCCGUGGAGUUCCCGGUGGUCAGGAAACUGCAAUUGAGGGACCAGAAGGUAGGCCCUCUUCCUUAGUAAAAAAAGCAAAAGAGAUGAAGGGUCAAAUUGAAGAAUAUCUUCAGAAUUACCAGCCAUUAAAAUCAUUGCCAAAAGUUGGAGAUAGCCUGUUGAAUGAUUAUGUUGACAACACUAAAGGCAUCUCUGAGGAAGAGAGAGAUGAAUUAACUUCAUAUCUCAGCUUGAAAUACAAAGACAUUUUCAAUAUAUCAAUCAGUUCUGACAUUCCGUCUAUGAUGCACAACACUAUAUCGUUCAUAAUCCAUCAUUCAGGAAACAAAGACCAAUUAGAACACACUUUGCAGUCCAGUGUGGAUGUGCAGUCCAGUGUGAAUGAGGAGAUGGAGGCUGUAUGGAGGAAUCGCCUGGACAUUCAUUUUAAUGCCAUCAGUGAUUCCUCAGUUCCUGCUGCAGCCCCACUGACAGUUGUUAAUGAGAUGGUACAAAACAGGACUGACCUGAAUGUUAGAUCCGAUGAACAGGAACCACCACAAAAAAUAACCGAAGAAAAAGACAGCUGAUGAUGUCUACAGUCUGCAGUGUCAAGUUUUGGAGAGAAAAUUAAUUAAAACAAACCUCCAAAUUCAGUUGUAUGAAAGACUACACAGCAAGCUUGAUGACAAUCUUACUGCUGGGUUGCUGUCUUUCAUGGAGCAGUAGAAUAUAAAGAUUCUAUUUCUAAUGUUAACCUGUUGUUUUUUUGUUUUGUUUAUCUUAAAUAUAUAUAUAUAUUUAUAUAAUGA